AUGGAAUAUAUUUUCAAAAUUCCAGCCUUUCAACUGAUUCAAGUAAAAAAGGGGACAUGUACAUUCUCCGGUUUUAGCCAGCACUGUUUUUCGUUAUCGCGUCAAUGCAAAAAUGUGGAAAAACGAUGUUCCUCAAAAGACUUUUUUCAGCCGUUUGUGGAGAAUGUCGACGAGUUCAAAAAUGAAAUGACCUAUCAUGUGAGUAAUAUCUGGAUAACGAAUUUUUCGCUCGCUGUCGAUACCUUUUUUGUGCUCAGCGCUACGCUUUCAGCUUAUAGUAAGGCAAGCUAUGAACUGCUAACUGUGCGGUACUGGAUUCGCUUCUAUGGCCAUCGUUUACUCCGUCUGUGGCCAGCUUACAUUGUCACCAUUGCACUGGCCACAUUCUGGCUGUCAUUUGUGCCUACCUAUCCGAUUUGGCCAUCAAUGGACCCGAGUUUGCAGUGCCGGCAGUACUGGUGGCAUAAUGUGUUCUUUCUUAACAGUAUCUUCGGGUCUCAGUGCAUUGGAUGGACUUGGUAA